AUGAACAUCAGAAAAUUCAUACUGGUGAAAAACUUCAUCAGUGUAAUGAAUGUGGCUAAGCCUUCUGCUGGCCCUCAAAGCUUGCAAAACAUUAGAGGAUUCAUGCUGGUGAGAAAUCUUAUGAAUGUAAUGAAUGUGGGAGGGCCUUCCACUAUAGUGCAGCACUUGCUAAACAUCAGAGAAUUCAUGUUUGUGAGAAACCCUAUCAAUAUAUGUGAGAAAGCCUUUAGAUUUAAAGCACAGUUUGAUCAACAUCAGUCUAUUCAUACUGAUGAGAAACCAUUUAAAUGUAAUGAAUGUGGUAAGAUUUUCCAACAGAAAGGACAGCUUAAUGAACAUGAGAAAAUUCAUAGUGGCGAGAGACCUUACCAAUGUAAUGAAUGUGGCAAGGCCUUCUACUGGCCCUCAAAGCUUUCCAAACAUCAGAGAAUUCAUAUUGAUGAGAAACUCUAUGAAUGUAAUGAAUGUGGGAAGGCUUUCUGCCGUAGCACAACCUUUACUAAACAUCAGAGAAUUCAUAGUGGUGAGAAACCUUAUCAUUGUAUUGAAUGUGGGAAGGCUUUCCAAUUAAAAGCACAGCUUAAUGAACACCAGAAAAUUCAUACUGGAGAAAAACCUUAUAAAUGUAAUGAAUAUGGGAAGGCCUUCCGCAGACUCUCAGACCUUACUGAACAUCAGAGAAUUCAUACUGGUGAAAAACCUUACCAUUGUAAUGAAUGUGGUAAAGCCUUCCGCCUAAGUGCAGCUCUUACUAAACAUCAGAAGAUUCAUACUGGUGAGAAACCCUAUGAAUGUAAUAUAUGUAGGAAGGCCUUUAGACUUAAAGCACAGCUUAAUCAACACCAGUCAAUUCACAUGGGUGAGAAACCAUUGGAAUGUAAUGAAUGUGGUAAAUCUUUCCAUCAAAAAGGACAGCUUAAUGAACAUCAGAAAAUUCAUAGUGGUGAGAAACUUUAUCGAUGUAAUGAAUAUGGUAAAGCCUUCUAUUGGCCCUCAAAGCUUGCUAACCAUCAGAGAAUUCAUACUGGACAGCUUAAUGAACAUCAGAAGAUCCAUCCUGGAGAAAAACCUUAUAAAUGUAAUGUAUGUGGGAAGACAUUCCAACUAAAAGCACAUCUUAAUCAACAUCAGAGAAUUCGUACUGGAGAGAAACCUUAUGAAUGCAUUGAGUGUGGAAAGGUCUUCGGUUGGGGUACACAGUUUAUGGAACAUAAAAGAAUUCAUUCUGGGAGAAACCUUAGGAAUGUGAUGAAUAUGGAGUAG